CCUGCGCCCGGGCGAGGCGCGCCCCUGGCGGCCGUUGAAAGAUGGCGACCGUGGCCGAGCUGAAGGCUGUUUUAAGGGACACCUUGGAGAAAAGGGGUGCCCUGGGACAUUUAAAAGCCCAGAUUCGUGCUGAAGUAUUCGGUGUCCUCGAUGAUGACCAGGAGCCCCGACCAACACUGUCACAUGAGAACCUGCUCAUUAACGAGUUGAUCCGUGAGUACUUGGAGUUCAACAAAUACAAGUACACCGCUUCUGUGCUCCUGGCAGAAUCUGGUCAGCCGCCCGUUCCACUGGACAGACAAUUUCUCAUCCGGGAACUCAAUGCAUUUGAAGAAUCAAAGGAUAAUACAAUACCUAUUUUAUAUGGGAUUUUAGGUCAUCUCUCAAAGAGAACUCCUGAUGACUUCCCAAGCGCCUUUGCCAUAGGAUCUUCUCAUCAGCCCAGCAGCCUUGGCCUCAACCGACAAGCCAGUGGGAGAAAGAAGAGGGGUGGUCGCCCGCGGACAGAGAAGGAAAAUCCCCAUGUUUCUCCAGCUGUGAAGAGAUGAUCUUCCCAUCAGAGCAGCCUUCCCUUCACCUUAUAGACUCUAAAUAACUUAUUUCUUUAUUCUCCCCAUGUUACCCAAACAUUCAAUGAUAUUUAUACUUUCUAGAGAUCAGAGUUUCUGGAAACCACUAAACCCCUCAUGUUUUACUGCAUUUAAAAAUAAAAACAAACUCUGUCGUUGAAUUUAACUUGAUUUGACACAUGAGAAAAAUGUCAUUUUUAGAAGUACUGUAAACUUCGCAAGAAAUAGAAGGCUUUGUGGGGGCUUUUGGGUUUGUUUUAUUUUGUUUUUAUUCCGGUGCCCUAUGUGGUCCUAAAAUAAGACUUCAGGUCUGCAGAGUUGUAACUUCUGCUCUUUAACGUGACGCAUGAAUAAAAACUUCCUUUGGGUGGGAAUUUUCAUGGGAAAAUCUACUCAGGUUUUUAAAAAAAUAUGGAAAAGGACAAUCAAGUCAGAAAUAAAGCAAAUUUCUCUGAA